UAUUAUGAAAUUAGUAGUACCACACACAUAUCUGUGAGUAGUACGGUACCUAGUUCAAAAAUAAUACAGUUAAUAUCGUGUUGAACAACACAAUUAAGUUUAUGAGUAGUUUUUUCCAGUGAUCUAAUUUCAAAAUAAUGGCUUGCAUUGUAUUGGGAUAUUUAUACUCAUUUUAUUUAUUUAUAAAUAUUUGUAGAGGUAUCCAUGGUGUGGAUGUGCUGAAUGUAGAUGAUACGACACUCAGCACCACCCAGUCUACAGACAAUCGUCUUAAUGAACAGAAAAUAUUUGAUAACGUGGUGGUCCAUCGCAACAACACACCCAAAUUGUGGUCAUUUCUGAGGUCCGAAACACUAUACAAAUGCCACAAUUGUAAGUCCGUGGACUGCGCUGCGGACACUCUGAGCGUGUGCGACGAUGGGCUGUACUGCUAUAAGGCAACGGUGCUCACAUUAGACGGUGUCUCACAGCAGUCACGUGGCUGCUCUACCUCCAGUGAACACGAGUUCACGUGUCAUUCAUUCGGCCCGAGGAAGCGUUUUGCGGGCCAGAGGAAUAUAACAUGCUGUAAAGGUGACAUGUGUAAUUAUGGUAGCUUCCCCACGCUGCCGAUGGAUAAAAAACUGUCAAACAGUUCUACGACAACUAACUCGACUCCGAUACAACUCAACCCGGACAACUUGACCCAGUCAACUCAACCCCAUGAUAACUUAACCCCUACGACAACCAGACCCAGUCAACUCGAGUCCAUGACAACUCAGCCCUACGACAACUCGACUUCUACAACAACCCGACCCCUAGAACAACUCGACCACCCCGAAAUUUCGACAUCUCCAAUACUUAACUCAACCCUGGAGCAACAGUAGUGAUACAAAAUAUAAUAGGCUACAUUAACAUUAUAGCAACCGCCAUAAUUUCUAUAAUAAUGUCAACUGUAAUAAUUACCUACUGAACAAUGGAAAAUAAUUGCCCACUUUAAUGAAACUUUGUAUUCCGUUAUGAAUAAAGGGACAUUAUUUCCCACCGCAAAAGGGUAUUUCGCCAAA